CUGGGCGGGCGGCCUGCGGGGGCGGCGCAGUUGCGAAACUGAGUGCCUGUGUAGUUCCUCCUAGAAUACUUGUCUGGUGCUCCACUCUUCCUCAAGACUACCUCAACACUCCUCCCACUUGGGGACUCCAGCGCCCUAAGCUGACUACACAAGACUCUGCCUUCCUCACAUUUCCAUAGCCAGCGACAUGACCUGACACCUUGAUGACCAGUCUCAGGGCCCUUGGGUGACUGGCUGGUGCACCAUGGAACUUAAAGUAUGGGUGGAUGGAGUUCAGAGGAUUGUUUGUGGGGUCACCGAAGUUACAACUUGCCAGGAGGUUGUAAUCGCCUUAGCUCAAGCGAUAGGUCGAACUGGAAGGUACACUCUUAUAGAAAAAUGGAGAGAUACUGAAAGACACUUAGCGCCUCAUGAAAAUCCUAUCAUAUCCUUAAACAAAUGGGGGCAGUAUGCUAGUGAUGUACAGCUAAUUUUACGUCGAACUGGGCCAUCUCUUAGUGAGCGACCCACUUCAGACAGUGUGGCUCGAAUUCCUGAAAGAACUUUAUACAGGCAGAGUUUGCCCCCUUUAGCCAAACUGAGGCCUCAGAUUGACAAAUCAAUCAAAAGGAGAGAACCUAAAAGGAAAUCAUUAACAUUUACAGGAGGUGCCAAAGGAUUAAUGGACAUUUUUGGAAAGGGUAAAGAAACUGAAUUUAAGCAAAAGGUGCUGAAUAACUGCAAAACAACAGCAGAUGAGUUAAAGAAGCUGAUUCGGUUACAGACAGAGAAGCUUCAAUCCAUUGAGAAAGAGCUAGAAUCAAAUGAAAUCGAAAUACAGUUUUGGGAGCAAAAGUAUAAUUCUAACCUUGAAGAGGAAAUUGUCCGCCUGGAGCAAAAGAUCAAAAGAAAUGAUGUAGAAAUUGAAGAGGAAGAAUUUUGGGAAAAUGAAUUGCAGAUUGAACAGGAAAAUGAAAAACAGCUGAAGGAUCAACUUCAAGAAAUAAGACAGAAAAUAACAGAAUGUGAGAGCAAAUUAAAGGACUAUUUGGCUCAGAUCCAGACUAUGGAAAGUGGUCUUGAAGCAGAAAAAUUACAAAGGGAAGUUCAGGAGGCACAAAUCAAUGAAGAAGAGGUUAAAGGAAAGAUUGGUAAGGUCAAAGGAGAAAUUGACAUUCAAGGCCAACAGAGUCUGAGGCUGGAAAAUGGCAUUAAAGCUGUAGAGAGAUCUCUUGGACAAGCCACCAAACGAUUACAGGACAAAGAACAAGAACUGGAGCAGUUGACUAAAGAGCUGCGUCAAGUCAAUCUCCAGCAGUUUAUCCAACAGACAGGGACAAAAGUUACCGUUUUGCCAGCGGAGCCCAUCGAAGUAGAGGCCUCACAUGCAGACAUAGAAAGGGAGGCACCAUUCCAGUCCGGGUCCCUGAAGCGGCCCGGUUCAUCUCGGCAGCUCCCCAGUAAUCUCCGUAUUCUACAGAAUCCUAUCUCAUCUGGUUUUAAUCCUGAAGGCAUAUAUGUAUAACAUUAUCUGUCUUCAGGGGAGAGACCCACUGAAGGUACCAAGGACAGUGAAAAUUCCUUCUUUGAUUUGUGCCAAUGAUGAACAGAGGAUAUAUUUCACAAGCCACCGUAUCUUUUUUCUGUCCUAAAUUGCAUACCACUUGGAGCCAUACCCUGUGCACUGAUGCUAAAGAACAAAGAAACUGUGUUUUCACACAUCAACAGUGUUGACGUUUUUGUCCAGCAGCUGUAAUGCAAAGCCUUCAUUUUUAUUUGUAGCAUUUUGAGAGCAUUAGGAAAGUAUUAUACUGUGUGUAUACAUAAAUAAAACCAUGACAAGAGUGAAGAGAAAUACGUGACUGACUUAGUUUAAUUUAUUCCAUAUAAUCAAUUAAUGGGUAAAUGUUGAUGUUUUAAUAUUUUUUAUUAAUACUUAUCCUGUGACCUAAUUACAUUAUAUAUGGUGUGAUUAUGACUGUGUGCAUGUUGCCAGACUCCAUCCAUACAUUGCCAAUUUACAGCUCUACAGGUGUCAUAGGGUGCUCCACCAUCAAAACUAAGUCCUUAAGAACCCACUUGUAUUUAUUUUGUGUACCUGUCCUAACCAUUGUUUAAUUAGAUCCAGUCAUUCAGGUUUUCUUUUUAAUCUGGACUUUAAUCUUUUCUUUACAAUAUUUCCAGUACAUGAAUGACCACAUAGCAGAAUAGAAAUAUUUUCAUGAGGUUAAUUGUAUCUUUAACAAACAAAAAUGUAACUGUUGACUAUCCAAACAGGUGUGGGGUUUCCUGAUACAUUAUGUGUUUUGUUUCUGCCCUGCCUUAAUCACUUUAAUCUCAUGGGUCCUCAAGAGUUGCCAUAAUACAUAAGUUAGAGAUACCUGGUGGGUCUGCUUCAGAAAGGUUACUUUAAGUGAUACAUUUUUUAAAUGACCCACUUCAUAUGUAUGAUCUGUUGGUGUAAGCACCCAUGGGCAAGCUUUUGCUUGCACAUAAUUUACUCUGUACUUUAUGAACUAUUGCUAGUUCUCCAAUCGCUUAGAGAGAAAGUAUGUUGGAGUUAGGUACUUUUUGCAAAGGAAAUUAAGUUAAUCUUUUUUUUUUUUCCCAUUUUUGAGCUUGACUUUUACAUGUAGGA